UAGCCAGGGGAUGUAUAAAAGGCUUCAGGGAGACUCACUGGGCUGCAGAGAGCACUUUGCACCACAGAUAGCACCGAAGCAAAGCCAGAGGGAGUGAGGAGAGGACAGGAGUCAGUCGCUCCAGGGGAAGGGAGUGAGACAGGCUGGAGAGGAGGAGAACAGAAAGUGUGUGUAAAACGGAGUAAAGGAGAAGGAAAAAAAAAAAAACUACCCUUAAGCACAUUUUAAAAACUGGCAAUUCAAGAAAGAAACAGGCUACGUAUCUGAACAUAGAGACAAUGAAAAGCUAAAGAAAAUUUUGCAGUCUCUGCCACAGUCUCAUAGGUGCUUGGAAAUGAAAGUGGAACUGCCUGUCUUUAACCGACUCUGAGAGGGGUUACUGGAUUAGGGACGAGUACGCCAGGUUUUUUUUUUUUUUUUCUUUUUUUUUAACAUCUUAAAUCCUGAAAAAAAAAAAAAAAAAGCAGCAGCUCCGAAUUGAAUGAAUUGAUGGGCACACUCCAACUGCUGGGCUGGACAGACUGGACUUGGUCUUGCCAUUUCUGCUUCUUUGAAAGAGGAGAGAGCCUGGGCUUCCUUUUAAUUUGGUUUUUUUUUCCUUCUCCCCCACCCCCAACCUUCCCCUUUACCUCCCCCACCCCCUCUAUGACCACCCCCUUUUAAAUAAGAGGGUGAAGGGGAACCACGGUGCACACGGGAACUGACUCAGGAGGCAGAGAAGAUGGGCAUCCUCAGCGUAGACUUGCUGAUCACACUGCAGAUUCUGCCAGUUUUUUUCUCCAACUGCCUCUUCCUGGCGCUCUAUGACUCGGUCAUUCUCCUCAAGCACGUGGUGCUGCUCUUGAGCCGCUCCAAGUCCACUCGCGGGGAGUGGAGGCGCAUGCUGACCUCAGAGGGAAUGCGCUGCAUCUGGAAGAGCUUCCUCCUCGAUGCCUACAAACAGGUGAAAUUGGGUGAAAAUGCUCCCAAUUCCAGUGUGGUGCGACUCUCCAGUCCUGAAGGAGGUGACAACAGUGAAAAUGGUGCCCAGGAGAAGACAAUUGUUGGAACCGAGUGCCACCUUCUUGACUUUGCCAGCCCUGAACGUCCACUCGUGGUCAACUUCGGCUCAGCCACUUGACCUCCUUUUACUAACCAGCUGCCAGCCUUCAGCAAACUGGUAGAGGAGUUCUCAUCUGUAGCUGACUUCCUGUUGGUCUACAUUGAUGAGGCUCAUCCUUCAGAUGGUUGGGCGGUGCCCGGGGAUUCUUCUUUGUCUUUCGAGGUGAAGAAGCAUCGGAACCAGGAAGACCGAUGUGCCGCAGCCCACCAGCUCCUGGAGCGUUUCUCCUUGCCGCCCCAGUGCCGAGUUGUGGCUGACCGCAUGGACAAUAAUGCCAAUGUAGCUUAUGGGGUAGCCUUCGAACGUGUGUGUAUUGUGCAGAGACAGAAAAUUGCUUACCUGGGAGGAAAGGGUCCCUUCUACUACAACCUUCAAGAAGUCCGGUGUUGGCUGGAAAAGAAUUUCAACAAGAGAUGAAUUCUAGAUUAACUGGUUAAAGAUAUGAUUGUAAUAGAGCUUUUCAAAAAAAGAAAUAUAUAUAUGUAAAGGAAAAGAAACUAAGAACUGAAUCCACUAUUUCAACUGAAUCUCAUUGCCUCGCUGAAAGACGAAGUUACAUGUGAGAAGAAUGUAAACCUCUAAUAUCUCAAUACUUCUUUCACCACUCAAAUGGCAUUUGGCUAAAGAGUAGUCCCAUCAAUUUUCUUUUAAAAAAAGAAACUUAAAAAAAAUUCUGAUUGAAAAUAUCCCAAGAUGGAGAGGAAGAAAUCCUGUUUGCUGCAGCUGAUGCUUUGGGACCUGAAGGAAAGACUCACCUGACUAACUACCAUGUCAGGCAAACUACUGUUCUUAUCAGUAUAAGGGGUAUUGCCUAGGCUUUAUUCAGCAUGGAUAGAGCUCAACAAAAAAAAUUCUUAAAUGUUUACUUAUAAGGAGGCCUUGAAGCCAGGCCAUGUGUUUAGGACCUUGGCAUUUAACAUGUUAGUUUCUGAUAUUCUAGUUUCUAGCUGUGUUGUGCUCAAUGUCAGUCUGGACAUCCCAGAACUCACAGGUGUAUUUGUAAAUAUUAAGAAUGAUUCCUAGCUGGAGGGUAAGCAUGAUCACCUGAAAUCUGAGGGUUACUUUUGAGACAGGUGAAGAAAGCGCUAAAAGAAAAUCAAGUUAACUAGCUAGAAAAAAGGAGGCAGAAGGAUUAGAAGGCUUCAUAGAGUUUCACCUUGAGAAUGGCACCAAUUUCCUACCCACAGAAAUAUACACAAGACCAGAAAAAGAAGAAGUUCAACUAAAAGCAGCAUAGAGAAUAUACAUAGGAAAUCAAUGUAUUUAUCAUAUACUCCUAGAUUUAGGGAGAAAGGGGGAUGAAAAGGAAAAAAUACACUCUAAUAUUUGUAUUUCUGAGGGUUUUUUUGAGAAGUAAUUACUUUUUGAAACCUGUUUGUGGUGUGUAUAUUACUAGUGAGUGAAUUAUACUCCAUAAUACUGACUGAAAGUAAAACCAGUGGGUCCAGUAGUGCUGAUCUGUCCCUUUCCAUCUCUACAAUUUUGAUGUGGCCCUACUCAUUCUUGAUCUGAGUCUCUACAGAAGUGUUUUCUGAAUGCUGAGCUCUUCAGUUCGAGAUAUGUAUCCAUUUCACUCUCAGAUAUUGUGGGAGGUGCAUGCCCUAAACUUUCAGCUGCAGCACUGUUUGCCUUUCAAAGUAGGUGAACUAUAAUGAAUGAUUGGUAUAGACAACCAUGGUCUCUUCAGUUGCAAAGUGAAAGGGAGAGAAAGUUAGUUUUAGAUAAUUCCCAUCAGUAAUUGUGGAGAAUCUGAUACAAGACAGUCUUCACAAGCAUGGAAUUUUGUAAAAUGAAAUUCCCAUUGACAUUUGAAUUUGGACUUGGCUCUUCCUUUGUUUCUAUUAGCUGAGGUCUAUAAUCUAAGGCCUCUAUAGUACAUUAAUAUAAAGUUAUUUUAAUAUAUAGAUACCAUAUUUCUCUUUAAAAUGAAGACACGAUAGCUUUACCUAUAAGUAACAUAGUAAUAUCUAAAUAUCAUAACUUCCAAAAGAUUUUGUAUCAUGUUAUGAUACAAAAUAUGAUAAAUUUUGUAUCACAAAAUUUUAUUAUAAAUUUAAGGAUGCUGUCAAAUAACAGUAUAUGAUUAUAUUUAUAUGUACAGUCAAAGGUUCUUAUGACCAUUCCAUCAAUAAUUGAACCAUAAAGUAGAAAAAAUGAAAACGAUAUCUUAAGUUGAAGAUAUCUUUCUAAACUAGUUGCCUGGAAUGAAAAAAAAUGUGGGAACUGAGUGUGCAAAAACCAGAAGUCUAUUUUUUUUUAAUUUGGAGCAACAUAGUAAUCAUAUUAUUGAUUAGUCACAUUAUUGUUUAGAUAGUAAAGAACCAUUUUAACUGACUUUUUUAUUUCAGCAGCACUUAAACCUCUCAAUAUUUUAAAUUCAACAAACACGCCCACAAAGAAGCAAAGCAGAUUUUGAAACUGUGACGCUAUCCAACAAAUUCCUGGAAAAUCACUUUGAGAACAGAUUAGGUCAAAGUUAAACAGUUAAGCUCUAUAAAACAAGGCUUAUCAGUGGGCCCCACUGAUUUUUGUCUUUGAAAUGGUGUCGAGAUUUACGUGGUACAUAAAAGAACAGGUGGUUGCAGCACACCCGCACUGUUGUCCGUAAACUUCCCCUUUGUUCUACAUGUACAGCAAUGGAACAGGAUGUCGGAGAAGCUGGUGGGGGGAUGCAGUUUGGCGAAGGUAGGCAGUGCUAGUUGUCUGGGGAAAAGGAUGAUGAAAGGUCACCCAGUUGUGAUACAUUUUUAAAGAAAGAGAAAGUGUGUGUGCAAUUCCUCUCCCUGAGGAUAAUCCAAUGGAGAAAUGAAGCAGUGGAAGUAGACAUACAAAGGCAUAGGCUGAAUAUCAGGGAAAAAGAUAUGUUCCAUAGAACAUAGAAGAGUCACUGGAAGAAAGACUGCUGGGGGCCAAUGAAGAAAGUAAAUUGACAAAGCUCAGGAAUUCUAUAAUAUAUAGAAUGGCUCAGUGUUAUCAAAAUUAUGAUAAGCCUGUAAUUAUGUAACCUAUUUAUCUCAACAUGAAAUUUUAUGAUUUCCUGUGAUGUAUCUUUUAUGAACUUAACAAAAACUCAUUAUUUGAGAUAGAGGGGAAUCGAUGCUUAGUUGAUAUGCUCAGAGAAAUUACUAGAUUGUCAAUACCCACCCCCUUGUCCUUUUAUAAAGUAUGUUCCUUUGAAGAAUUGUAGUUCUAUUCUCACAAGGUAAAAAUUUUAUAUAUGCAUAUUUAUAAUUUUAUAUAUAUAACUUUGAGAUGUCUUUCUCAGUACCUAAGCAUCUUUACCCUCUCUGUUUACAUGGAGCUAUCAGUUUAGCUUUUUAAACUGAAUUAGCUCACCUGUUAUUUAAAUAGUUUCCAAGCAAUUUUAGAUAUCAUCAGAGCAUCUAGAUUCUCUCAAACAUGUAGUCUUUGAAAGACUUCUGUCUUGGAACUAUUAAAAACUUACCUUAUUUUAUUUUAUUUGAAAAUAGUAGUGGAAUCAACAAUGACUCUCUUAAAUGGGCAUGAGUGAAAGAAAUGCCUACAGAGUAAUGUAGACGUAUUUGAUACAGACAUUAAAAUAUAACUGACCUCUUUAGAAGCAGAUUGGAACCUCUUUGUUCUUGCUUUGUAUAGCUAAAGUGACAGUCAUUUAACUUAUCUGACUUUUUAUAUUUAUAUGUUGGAUCUCCAGUCCUGUGUCUUCACCUUGUUUAUAGAAUGUACCCCUGAUUAUUGGUAAUAUCAACUUCUAAAUGGCAUAUUGAUUUAGUUAAAUUCUGCCUUUAACCAGAAAAUACCUAUUCUAUGAUCAAGGAGAAAAGACUGCUGCCUUUCAUUUUGCCCGAAUGUAUUUAACUAGUUGGGCUCUUGAAUGAACAUUAGGAAAUAUAGUGAGGUCAUGUGUGGGUACUGCCUGGCCGCAUAAACACUAGAGGGGCAGGUGAAAGACAAUAUCUAGGCCUUUGGGAUAAUUCCCAGCUGGAUACAGGGUAGCUUCAGCGUGUCCUAUGGGCUAUGUCCCUAACAAGAGCAAUGCACUGAUGUACAGGACUUCCCAUUCUGUAAAUCCUAAAAUAUAAACCUGGACAUUUAUUCCACUUGACCUCUGACUGAUGGUUUGAAAAAUAAGCUCAGUUAGAAUCAUGUGGCCAUUGCAAAGGGAAAAAUGGAGACACCCGCUUCUGAAGGAUUCAUGAAAACCUUUACCUACAUUCGAAACUUUUCAGAACAUGCCCAGUAUCAUCUCUCUCAGUGGAGAUUAACAAUGAGCCUUUUAAUUCUAGGAGCUUUUUUUUUAAAAAAAAAUGAUAUUGCCAAAAAUCAGAGCUAAAGUGUUUUUCGUCAUAUUCAAAUCUCCUCCCUACUUCCUCCUAAAAAUAGAAGCUAAACCCAGUCUUCAUAUUGAAGCUCAGAAUGGGGCAUAAGUACCAACCUCUGCUUGGUGACCAGUACUCUCUUGGUGGUGUCCUGAAGUCCUUGAGGAAAGAAGGAGGCAGGGCAUGGGAGAGUCAGGAAGUUGCUGACUGGGAAGACCUGGGCUCUUCUUGCUUGGUCUACCAAUUUGGGAAGAUUCUAAAAGAAACCUCACACCCCUGGACGAGGGCUGAGUGUCACUGAGUGACUUUAGGAUGAGUCAAAUAUUAAGCCACUUCCUAAUGCCUUACUUACAUUCUGGAUAACACCAGAAGCAAAGCAUGAGACUUAAGAGACCCAGCUCUGUUCCACAGUGAGUCUGAACCAACAGAAAGCAAACAUGUACAGAUACCCAAACAAGACUGGUCAUGCAAGUUGGGGCUUGCUGCCUGUCUUGGGCAGCAGCACCAGAGCUCCAGGGAGGUUAUUUAAUAUUUACUGAGGAGACUUUGAAGACCCAGGAGAUGUUUAAUGAAAUCAUUAUUUUGGCUCCAAACUCCCCUCCCCCCACCACCCCAAAACGAACAGGUAAACACACAAAUGAAAGAAGCCCACAGAAGGGGUUGGGAAUAAAUAAAAUUCUCUCAAAACUUCUCCAUAUCACAUGUUUGGUGGGUGUGGUUUUUACCUGUGUUAGAAUUGAAGGACGUGGAAACACAAGUGUCUAGUAUUUUAUAACCAAAGCAAUGGGAAGAUAUUGGGAAGGGAAUGUUGGCCAGUGUUGUUUAGUUUUGCAUCACAUUAUCACCAGACUCCAUCACUAGCCCAAGCAAUCGGGCCCCCGAAGAGGGAGACUGAGAUGUGUGGAGGCCACCAGUGUGCGAAUGAUAACUACUGACGAAAGAGUCAUCGACUCAGUUAGUGGUUGGAUGUAGUCACAUUAGUUUGCCUCUGCCCAUCUUUGCCUUCCUAGCAAGGAGAAUAUUCGGGGCAUGAUGCUAUGAGUUCUGGGUAAAUGUGGUGAGGUGCAUGUGUGUAUCUCUGCUUCUUGGGUGCAGAAACAGAAAUGCUUUGGAGACUAUCAGUAGAAAGAGUGCUAUUAUAUUGGUGCUGAGUGGUAUGUGUGCUUUUACAAUUUGUUCUUGUAUUUUAAUAAAUUUUGAAUAAAAGAAUAAAGUUA